AUGGGCGACGUGGAAGAACAACAACCGGUAGACUAGACUAAAUAAUGCUUUUUUAAUCAUAAGUGUUUAGGUUGAGAACGGAGUUCAAGAGGAAGCUCAAGAGGCUCCAAAGUCCGGUGAGUUCGGUUUUUGAUGAUUUAUUGAUUAAGAUUUAUGGUUUUUGACGUACAUAUUUUAAGCUUUUUAUGUUAAAAUUUAAACUUCUAAAAAAAUUACUUAAAAAUUUUUUCGAUUAAAAUAUGCCUAAUCUAAGCUUGAGAAAAGUAUAAGACACGCUUAAGCAUGCUAAGCUUUAAUUUAUACAAAACCAAUAAAAAACCUAAACUUAAACCUACGUUUAUGCCCAUGCCUUAACCUAAGUUCAACCUUGUACUUACGCGUAAACCGAAGUCUACAAUUACGUUUAAGCUUUUGCCUCAGCGUGAGCUUAAUCUUAAGGUUAAGCCUGACCUAGAGCCUGAACUCGAGCUAAAGUUUACGCUUUUUGGGAUAUUUGGUGCAAUUCCCUAGUGAGGCAGAAUCUGAACCUAUCUUGCUCUUAGCCUGAGAUUUAUUCAGAGCCUCAGCGUGAGCCUAAGCCUGAGCCUGAGCCUGAGCCUGAGCCUCUGAGCCUGAGCUUGAGCUUGAGCCUGAGCCUGAGACUAAGCCUAAGCCUAAGCCUAAGCCUAAGCCUAAACCUAAGCCUAAGCUUAAGCCUAAGCCUAAGCCUACGCCUAAGCCUGAGCCUGAGUUUGAGCCUGAGCCUGAGUUUGAGCCGACGCCUAAGCCUAACUUAAAGUAUACGGUUAAAUUUAAGUUUAAGCUAAAUUGCAAGCCAAAAGUUUUUAAGCCUUAGCCUAACUGAAGCCUAGACCUAUGUGUAUGUUUCUUAAAAUGAAGCCUGAGCCUAAGUUUAAGCUUGCGUUUGAGCUUAAGCUUAAUCUUAAGCAUAUUCUUUCUUCUGAGCCUACGCUUAAUUUUACGAUUAAGUCUAAUCUAGGCCUGAAUUACACUUAACUCAAAAUCUAGUUUGAAAGCUUAACUUUGAUUUACUAAACAUAAGCUUAAUUAGAUUACAGUUUCUGGACCAAACAUAAUUUUUUCAGAUUAAUACAGGUUAGACUUAAAAUCUGUUAGUCUGUGCCAUUUUUAAACAAUUACCAAAAAUUUAUUUCUUUUAAUCAAACCAAUAUUGUCCAAUUGUACUAUGAAUUUUUCGGUUUUUACGUAUUUACAGCACACUUGAUUGCAGACAAUGAAGCGGCUCAAGCGGUAAUUGAUGAGGACCCAACCGAGAAUCAGGCAAGUUUCCGUUUUACCGCCUACUUGAGAGACAUUUGUCUUAGCCCGGGGGGUGACGAACGGUCUUGAUGUCAACGUUCCCGAAAGGGUUUGAUUCAGGCCAACUGUUUAGCGGAGUGGGUUGGUUGUCAACAAGCUAGGCUUAUGGUUAUGUGAACAUUGUUUUGGCGUCUUGUUUGUUCUGCAACGUCUCUAUUGUUUCGCGUUGUGUCUAUGGGUUGGGCAUGGAAUGUAGGGUAUGGGGAUUCUGUGUGGGGUUUAGGGUAGGGAAGGUUUAGAAUCUAAACAGUUUUUUAAUUUUAAACCGUUAUCUGGGUAAAAGGCGUGGAUGUUUGAGGGGGGGGAAAUUCCGGGAACUUUCUAAGCUAAUAAGCCUAAGCCUACUCAGCUUACGCUUACUAAGCCUAAGACUUCUAAGUUAAAGUAUACUCAAACAACGCUUACUAAGUCCAAACCUACUAAGCCUUAGUCUCAUAAGCCUAAUAAGCCUAAGCGUACUAAGCCUAAGGCCACUAAGCUUAAGCUUACUAAGCUUCAGCCUAACAUGUCUAAGCCUACUAAGUUUAAGCUUACUAAGUCUAAGCCUGCUAAGCCUGAGCUUACUAAGCCUGAGCCUACUAAGCUUAAGCCUACUAAACCUAAGCCUACUAAGUCUAAGCUUACUAAGCCUAAACCCACUAAUCUUAAACCUACUAAACCUCACACGAAACAUAAGCAAUAAAAUCAAGCCCUUUAAUUCUAAUCAUGCAAAGCCUCAGCCUACUAAUUAUCUAUUUUUUAAAAGUUUUAUCUUAAAAUUAUGUUCGGCAAGUUCACAAGCUAAUAAACUAAUUUUUACCACCUUGAAAGCCUUCAUCCGUCUCUAUUUCCUCCACUACUUCACUGAUCUUUCGCUCGGAUCAAGGCAAAAAAAACGUUAUGUGUCGGUGGUGUUUCUCAAGCAUUGGCACUGAUCAUAAUAUCAGACCAAAAAACCUCUGCCAUCUCGCCAAUCCCAAUACUAUUUCUCUAUACUCUCUCAUACUUUCACACUAUUUCUUUGGCCAAAACUCAUGCUAUUUCGAUUUCCUCUCACCUGCUUACUUUUCGUUUUUUAUUUAUUUUUUGGUUCACGGCCACCGACGCAAAGUUUAGGGCCCGGGGGGAACAGAACAGGCCCUUCAAUCAACUUCGGCAUGCCUGAAGGCACGAUUAGCCGGAAAAUUAGGCUUGUUUCGGAUCUUUGCUUUGUUGUUUUUUCUCGGAUCGUAUUGAUUUUUCCGAUUAGUAUGUGAUUGUUUUGCAAGGUUAAGUUUAGUAGGCUAGGGGAGGUGGUGGGAUUGGGUGACGUCAUUGGAAUGUGGUACAGUGAAAGGUUUUUAGUAUGACGUCCUGGAAUACAGUGAAAACUGUGUAGUAUGAGAUAAAAAGGACUGUCCUAAAGUGUCAUUGUCAUGAGGGGGUCAUACAAUCAAGGGUCACACUGAAGAGGUUUCACUGUAGUGGAUCUUGAGUUGAAUCUACCUUGACGUUGCUUUAUAUCUUGAUAAUAUUUACUUUUACUGUGUCAUGAUACCAUUUUUUCUUCUUAAUUGACACUUCUUGACCUCGAAGUAUUUUACCUUGCCAAAACCAUUUUUCACCCAAAAUUUCAAAAAUCUCAAACCACUGCUUCAGGUGCCAGAAAUCUCGGGCACGGAAAACGUCGAUCCAAUGACCACCUCAAUGGACGGAAUCGAAGAAAUCCCCCAGAACGAAGAGGAGGUACCCAAGGAGGAGGGUGGAGAAGAAGAAAAGUUCGAAGAUGCCGAAGGCGAACCACAAGAGGCCGCGGAGAAUGGCGAAGAAAAGUUCGAACUCCAACCCCCACCAGCCGGCAAACGUCCGCGCAGCCCCAACGAGUUGGACGUUGCUGAAGAGGGCAGCGAUGCUGGCUCCGGUAGCCCGGCUGGCAGUGCACCUCAGACCCCAAUUGGUAAGGAAACCGAGAAAUUUUAAAAAUUAAAUUUUUUUUAAUUAAAAAAAUGUAUUACUGGUAAUGCUUAUUAAGCCUAAAGUCCAUUUUCAAAACAAGCCUAUCAAGCCUAAAAUCAAUUUUCAAAAUAAACCUAUUAAGCCUAAAAUCUAUUUUCAAAAUUUUAGGAUCAAACGUUGGCUCAACCUUGGGAGAAGAGCUCCACUCCGCUCAAGGCUCCGCUCAAGGCUCAGCUGCCAGCUCAGCCGCCGGAUCCGAAGCUGGUUCCGCCGCCGGAUCAGCUGCUGGCUCGGCCGCUCCAUCAGACGCUGGCUCUGUCCCAGCCUCACCGUCCGCCGUCGAUGAGAACGAAGAAGCCCCAGCUAGCCCACACAGCAGCGCCGUCGGUAGCCACUUGGGAUCCCAGGCCGGCACCCCAGCUCCAGGCAGCCCUGCUCCAGAAUCCGCUCAAGGCAGCCAGCCCCAGAGCCCGGCACCAGUCAGCAAUGCUGGUGACGAGGAAGCUCCACAAACUCCACGCAGCGGUGUUACUGGAAGCCAAUUGGGCUCUCAGCCAACCACUCCAGCUCCAGGAAGCCAAGUUGGUAGUCAGCCCCAGACUCCAGCUCCAGGAAGCCAAGUUGGCAGUGUUCCACAAACCCCAACCUCGGCCGCUCCAGGAACUCCAAAAGCCAGUGAGCCAGCCACACCAAAGGCUAGCGAGCCAGCCACACCAAAAGGCAGUGUCCCAGCUACCCCAAGAUCCGCUGCCCCAGGUACACCAAAGGCCAACGGAUCAAUUGUUGGAACACCAAAGGUCAUUACUCCUGGCACAGCCAAGAGCGGAAAGAAAGAUGCUUUUGACUUUGAGAAUGUCGAAGCCAAUGGUGAUGUACAAAAGGAGGCUAGUAGCCCAACAAAGAGCCCAACCAAGACUCCCCGCACUCCACGAACCCCCAAGACUCCAAAGACACCAAAGUCUGCUAUGGUUGACGUGCCAGUUGUAGACGAUGCCGCUACUGAAGAGGCUGCUCCAGCUGAAGAAGCCGCCCCAGCUGAAGAAGCCGUUCCAGCCAAAGAGGCCGCUCCAGCCGAAGAAGCCGCUCCAGCGGAAGAAGCCGCCCCAGCCGAAGAAGCUGCCCCAGAAGAGCCAAAAGCUGAAGAAGCUGUCCCCGCUGAGGAGGCUGCCCCAGCUGAAGGGGCUGCUCCAGAAGAACCAAAGGCUGAAGCUGAAGAAUCCGUACCUGCUGCAGAAACUGCCGCCCCAACCGAAUCUGCCCCAGCUGCUACCGACUCUGCUCCAGUUUCUUCCCCACCAGCUCGCCGUGAGCCAGCUGCCAGCGACUACACUCCAUACGACCAAGUAAAUUUAAAAUACAUAUUAGGUUGUUCACAUUAUUCUGAGCCCCCUAACCCAAAAAAAAUUGUUUUAUGAAAGAGAACAGAAUUAUUUGAACAACCGUAAACUGCUUAAAUUGAUUUUUUAUAACAACCGGUUUGUAUUAGACUAGGUCUAACAAAACUUUCAGGACUCCCACAAAGAAACCGUUCCACCAAGACUCCCAACUGCCACUUCCUUCAACUCCUGGGUACCGGCCGAACGCGAAAACUACAAACCCAUCUCACCAUGGGUCUCCAACCCCAACAAAUACUCAAACGAGUACACGUCGGGAGUGUCCAGCCGCCCCACCAGCACCUACACCUCCAUCUUUGACGACCUCGUCAACACCGGACCCUUCUCCAGCAGCCUCUACUCCACCUCAAGGCUGUUGGAACGAUCCCGUUCACGCACACGUGAACGUCGUACCGCCAUGCGUCAACAGCGUUCAUCAUCACAGUACGCGCGCUAUGCCUCAAACUUGCCCGCUCCUCUGCGUACCCGCGAAUACAGCACUCCACGUUCGACCAGCUUGAGCCGUGCCCCAUCACGCUCUGGAUCGUUUGUGUCGUUCUUGGACUACAGCGGAUCGAAACAGUACGAGUUGCAGAGAAACCCAAGCCGUGGAUCUUUGUACGAGUCUACUCAGGCUCUCAGCAGAUCUAAGUGAGUCUACCAGUAAAGAACACUUCCUUUAAGAGGUCUUAAGUCAGCGUUAAGCUUAUUUUUACAACACUUUUAGUCCAAAACUAGCUUAAAAUUUAAAUUUUAAAACCUUAAAAACUAGUCCAAAAUCCCCCGCUAAAGAUCCAUUGUUUACAAAACAAGAUUGUAACCGGAGCCGGUUGUUUCAGCUCUCGUGGUAACGUUGAUCUGUACCUGGGCGGUGGAAGACUCUCACGAGUGGACAGUUUUGUUGCCAGCCUCAACCACCCAUACGAGUACAACGUUCCAUCGUCAUACGAGUUGUACCGUUCCACUUCGAGGAAUCAACUGAACUACGCCCCAUUGCAAGGCUACACGGUAUGUUUUGGUGUUUUAUUGUGUUGUUGAGGAGGUGAGGUAGUACUGUUAUUGUCUCUACUGUCAUAGUAGAGCCGAGGAACUACGCUCAUAGUAGAGACAACAACUACUGCCAUUUAUAGAUGUAAAAAAGUUUUAUAGCGUAUAGUUUACAUAGUAAAACAACGUUUAAAGAUCAUUUCAAAUUUAAAAUGACAGUAAAGUUUGUGGAUAAGUGUGUAAAUGUGGUUUGACCCAACUUACAGAGUGACAGCCAGAAUACGUAUAUGGCCCUGACUGAGGCUAGCCGUCAGCGACGAAUGGCCUGGAGACGACCCGUUUUAACCUCUGGUCAGGUAUGCUAGUUCUGGCUUUGCUUACAUCUUUAUUUUGCUUUUUAUGUUUUUUCGUGAUGUAUGUCCAACGUACGACACUGUUGUAUGUUAUCGUAUGUCAUCCUUGUAUGUCCAGUGCGUUUUAUUAUUGUAUGUCCAACGUAUGUCUUUCGCGUACGGCUGUCGUAUGCUACGGUUGCAUCGUUGCAUUCGUAGCGUACUUCACUCCACAGUCCAUAGCCGCGUUGAUGAGGAAAAUGUUUACCUUGUCCUUCUAUGGCUUGUAUACGUUUGUAAAAUCAGUAUUAUGUGUAUUACUGAAAAUAUUUGAAAGCUUUACAAGCCAAAAUUGUCCGUAGAAGUAAUGCCAACGUUUCCUUUGUGCUUUAAUGUAGUUAGUGUUUCUCUGAAAAACAUACAUAUAAAAAAGGCAUAGUCACAAUGUUAUCUAUCAAACAUAAAAACAAUAUUUUAUUUAAACCCAACAAAUCAUCUACUACACAUUUUUUUCUUUGUUCAUUCCACUGUCCGUCCCCGCCAUUGCCAAACUCAUUGUAGCACACGCCAACCGCCUAAUCCAAUUUUUUACUUUUUGCACCUUGUUUCAGACCCAACUCGGCGAUCUGCAGCGCAGUUUGUCGCGUGAACGUUUCGAAAAAGACCGCGUAAGUUGCUAGCCAAACCUCUAACCCACGAAACGCUUUAGCUGAAAAACCAGUACACGCAGGUGGCGUACAAACUGGACCAGGCCUGUCGCCAACUGGACCUGUUGCGCUCGAACAGCUACGCGGACGUGCGCUCCGGCUCCGUACCGCGCACCUCGGUGUUCUCGCACUUUUACCCGUACUACUGA